GAAACCCGUCCGGAGAGAAACAGCGGUGAUAAAUUGCGUCCGGGGCGCGGGCUGGGGGCACGGCGCCCGCACGGACGGGGGUGGCGGCGUCCCGGCGCGGUGCAGCGGUGAGGCCGGAAGCGGAGGCGGCGCGUGGCCGUUACGGCCGGGCCUGGGGCGCGGGGCUGCGCCCGCCGUUUUAGAUGUCUCAAUGGAUCCAUGGAACUUUUUCUGUACUUGUCUGAUGUCCUUAUGGCUACACCGAUUUUACAUCUAUUCUUCUGUUGCUUUUGGGAUCAGUGUUUGGAUCUGCAUUCAGUUCUUCACCAGCAAAACUAGAAAGAAGGGUGAAAAAUUCAAUGGGAAUCCAGCUUCUGCUGAAGUAACGGAGGACAAACUAGUAAAUGGAUAUGCUACCUUGAAGGCGAAGGAGGUCUAUGUUGCUGGAGUAAAGAUUUUCUAUGGGUCUCAGACUGGCACAGCAAAGAGAUUUGCCAAAGGUCUGGCUGAAGCAGUUAUUUCCCUUAAUUUGUCUGCAGAAGUCAUUAAUAUGGGAGACUAUGAUCCAGAUGAUAGUUUAACAGAGGAGACAACCAGCAGGAACAUUUGUGUGUUCGUGGUAGCUACGUACACAGAUGGGCAACCGACUGAGAACGCAGCGUGGUUCUGCAAAUGGUUAGAAGAGGCUGCAAAUGACUUCCGGUUUGGCAAAAUGUACCUGAAAGGCCUGAGAUAUGCUGUGUUUGGCUUGGGAAAUUCAGUUUACGUUGAUCACUACAACACAGUUGGAAGAAAUAUUGACAGGUGGCUGUGGAUGCUCAGUGCCAGCCGUAUCAUGACUCGUGCAGAGGGGGACUGCAAUGUGGCCCAGAGCAAGCAUGGCAGCAUCGAGGCCGACUUUGAAGCCUGGAAAACAAAGUUCCUCAGUCGGCUCCAGGCACUCUGCAAAGGCGAGAAGAAGCCCUGCAGUGGGAAGUGCAAGAAAGGGAAGUGCAAAUCCCAGGGGAAGCAGAGCAAGGAGAGCUCAGAUCGUGAACAUGGGGCAUCAGAGUACGAGAAUACUGAGGCAGAGGAGUUCUUUGAAACCACUAGUGAGGAGGAAUCUAAUGCUGAGGAAGCUGGAGACACAAAUUCUGUCAUAGAUGUUGAAGAUCUGGGCAAAGUCAUGAGCCACAUGAAGAAAGCCAAGAGGGAGCGUGAGCUUGAGGAAGAAGGUGGCAGAGCAAGCUUGUCUCAAGAGAGCGCUGGGAGGAAGGAGGAGGGUGAAAGGAGAGAGAUGAUUACUGCAGCUCUGAGAGAAGCACUCACAAAGCAAGGUUACAAACUGAUUGGAAGCCACUCUGGGGUGAAACUCUGUCGGUGGACAAAGUCAAUGCUUCGAGGCCGAGGAGGCUGCUACAAACACACCUUCUACGGCAUUGAGAGCCACCGCUGCAUGGAGGCCACGCCGAGCCUGGCUUGCGCGAACAAAUGCGUGUUUUGCUGGAGACAUCAUACAAAUCCGGUGGGUACGGAGUGGCGAUGGAAAAUGGACCAACCUGAAAUGAUCUUGCGGGAGGCUAUUGAGAACCAUCAGAAUAUGAUCAAGCAGUUCAAAGGAGUAUCGGGAGUUAAAGCGGAUCGUUUUGAAGAAGCGAUGACAGCGAAGCACUGUGCCCUGUCUCUGGUGGGAGAGCCGAUCAUGUACCCAGAGAUCAACCGGUUCUUGAAGCUUCUGCACCAGCAUAACAUCUCUAGUUUCCUGGUUACAAAUGCACAGUUCCCGGAGGAGAUUAGGAACCUUGAGCCAGUAACGCAGCUGUAUGUCAGUGUGGAUGCCAGCACCAAAGAUAGCCUGAAGAAAAUUGAUCGGCCCCUCUUCAAGGAUUUCUGGCAGAGGUUUCUAGACAGUUUAAAGGCCUUGUCUGAAAAGCAACAGCGCACCGUGUAUAGGCUGACGCUGGUGAAAGCUUGGAACGUGGAUGAACUCAAAGCUUAUGCUGAACUGGUUUCCCUCGGUAAACCAGACUUCAUCGAGGUCAAGGGAGUGACGUAUUGCGGUGAAAGCUCGGCCAGCAACCUGACCAUGGCCAACGUCCCCUGGCAUGAAGAGGUGGUGCACUUCGUUCAGGAGCUGGCUGACCUCAUCCCGGACUACGAAAUCGCAUGUGAACACGAGCACUCGAACUGUCUCCUGAUAGCUCACAAGAAGUUCAAGAUCGAUGGAGAAUGGUACACCUGGAUCAAUUACGAUCACUUCCAGGAGCUGGUGCGAGACUACGAAAGGAGCGGAGGAUCAAAGACUUUCACGGCAGCGGAUUACAUGGCCAAAACUCCACACUGGGCACUAUUUGGGUCCAGAGAAAGGGGGUUUGAUCCCUUGGACAUAAGAUUCCAGCGAAAGAACAAAACAAAAGACAUCUCUGGGUGUUGAUGUUGAUAAGGGGUUCUCUGAACUCCGAGCUGGCUAAUGAAUUUGGGUUUCCAUUUGGAUAGUCUGACACUGAUAUCAAAUCUAUUCACCUAGAUUUCCUGAUGUUUGAUACUGAAAAGGAGGGUAAAGCCUUUGUUUGACCCUUCCCUCCUGUUUUUAGUGUUUCUUGGAUGAAAAUAUUUAUGAUGCUUUGUAUCUUGUAUAAAUGGUGCAUGUGAGCAAUUUAUCCUAAUUGGCAGAGUAAGAAGGGAGGAAGUAUUUGUGAUCUUUGCAGUUUAGUGAGUUUGGGGUUGGAUUUGGAGAGGGGACUGUUCCUUUUAUUUCUGUGCUCUGUUGCAAAAAGAGCCCAGCAUGUGUUUGUGCCCAGCUCUGCGGUUUAAUGUUCAGCGUCCAUAAGGAGAAGCACGAAGGGAAUUUAAACAUCUAGUGCUGGUUUGAUCUGUGCAGAUGGAACCACAGACGGAUCUAGAUCUAGAAGCCUGAAGGCCUACUGAAAGUAUUGUUGUACUGACAAUAACAAAGAUUUAUGUGUUUUAAACACUCGUGCCAAUUGCUACAAAGACCCUUUCCCUUCCCACCCCCAAUAAACUGAAACUUGGGAAAUUACAAAAGGAGUAGCACCCCUAGUAAUACUUUGCACAACUUCUGAUAUCUGUCCAAAUAUUCUCCAACUUCAUAGUUUUGGCAGUGAAUAUUUUCUGGGUAGCUUUAUUCCACUCCCCUAGCAGCCCUAAACAAAACAGAUUUCUUUAGAGCCACAUUAGACUCCCAACCGUGCGUCGAUACGUUGGCGUGUGAGGGUGUGCUGCGCGAGAGCCAGCACGGAGCUGGCCUUCAGCGUGAAGAUGGCUGUGGCUUGAAAUUGGAGUCCUUGGGCAGACUGGCGUGUGUUUAAUGUACUUCCUCAAACGGCACUCUCCCUGUUUGAGAAGAAUUUCUUGUCGAUCUGAUGCAUUCUGAAACAAUUAAAAGUAAGGUAAAAAUGUAAGUGCUCUGACCACCUUCUAGUCUGGCUUAAGGAAAGCGCAGAAGGUGUUAGGAUGUGACACUUCGUUGCAUCUCAAAUUGAAUGCCACCUGCAGUUUCCAUUUUUGGUUGAGAAGUAGCUGUUGUCACCCAAUUCCUUCGUUCCACCUGUGCAAGUAAACUGCAUCAUUGCUGAUUGUGAUAGAAGAAUUAAUCUGAUGUAAAUGAAAACUGAAUCCUGCCCUGGUCAUUUGUUUCAAGAAACUGGCUCUUCUAUUCUGGAAAGGCAGUAUCUCUGCACAAGGUCAGAUGACACCUCUCCAGAUGUUUCUGUCAAAGACACUGGGUCUGGCAUUGCAUUCUGUUGUUUGGAGGUACUGUAUUCUUGCUGGAAAACUGGAUUUAAAUGAGAGGGGGUGGGUUGUUUACUGUUGUGAAAAUCAUCACUCUCACAUCCCAGCAGCCUUUGCCUUUCUGUUUAUGACACAUCCAUGGUGGUUAACUGCUGCAGUCUCAGUGUGUGCUCUCGCUAACAAGUUGCAAAGAACCAGUGCGAAAAUACCAAGGGCAGAUCCUCAGCUGAGUGUACUGGGAAAGUGCCAUUGAAGUCAAACUGUGUGUUCAAUUUCUGAAUGACUGAAAGCUGAAAAUUUUAUUGUUUCCCUGCUGGCUUCUUCCUACGUCUCUGCCAAAGUUUCCGCAGCCUCUGCAGCCGGCCAGACAGGAGAGGUCAUGCGAACUCUCCUCCUCCGCUUCUGUGCGAAGUCGGUGUUUUGGGGUGAGCGGACCUGCAAUUUGUGAGGGCAGCAAGCAGUGCAGUGCUCUCCUGUUUCUUCCAUCCGCUGUGCGUCGCAACAAAAUGUUCCAGCUAAAGCACGAAACGUCUUCAGCAACUGCACCGAGCGCUGGACAAGGAUCUGACCAAGCCAUGGGCUGGCCGCGGAAGUAGUAGCUUGAAUUUAGACGCAGAGGUGUCAGAUGGUGAUAAGAAAAUGCAGUCACACGCGAGCGUUUUUGUUUUCCCAUUAAACUCCAGGAGCACAGAUCAAAUGUGUUUGGUUUUGGUUAAAUGAUAAAAUCUGAGGCUGUGUAUGAGGUGUUUAAAGCAGAGCAGUGCUUGCCUCCUUUUUGCUGAUACUCACAUCUCUCAGAUGUGUUCUCUCAGGUUCUUGGAGUGUGUCACAGUGUUACAUGGUGGGUAUUGCAAUUUAUUACUUUGUUUGAGCAGCUGGUGUUAUUUUAAAAAUUAGUAAUGAUUCUGCCUUAAGAAUUGGAUUGGUAAGACCUUACCGACUGCAAUUCGUGGAGCUCACAGCAUUGUAAUUGGGCGCAUUCCUGAGACUGUAACGUUUUAAAGAACCUCAUUUCUCAAGCUGUAAGGAGUGAUUAUAAAAAAAUAAGGAAAAUAAAGGAAUUUUCACUAGGGCA